AUGCUGACCGGGAGGGCCGGAGCCCGGAGCGCCGUCGCGGGACUGGGCGCUGAAUCCUCGGACACUCGCGACCAAGCCCCCCUCAACCCUAGGUUGAGCGGUGGGCGUCACCGACCUGGCGCUUACCUAGAUAUGAAAAUCCAUCUAGAGAAAAAUUUAGAAGAAGAGCGCCAAAUAUUACUGCAGCAACAAAAAAUAUGUCGAAAUCGAGCACGUAAAUAUUUUGUGGAGUCAAACCGGAGAAAAAAAGCUUUUGAAGAUAAAAGAAAAGAACAAGAAGAAAGAGAACAUCAAAUUAGAGAACAAAUACUUCAACAAAGAAAACAGAAGUUUGAAGAAGUUACUGAAAAAUUUCAGCGUGCCCAUAUUCCUCUUUCACAGCGGAGGAGAGCAGUUUUUCAAAAACCAGUGCCUCCAUUAGAAGAGGCCCUCAAACAAAUUCAAGAAUCCAACUUAAAAUCAAAAGUGAACUUUUCUUCUUCCCACAGAACAGCAGUAAACCAGAGAACUAUAGAUAAUACCUUACCUUCAUCACUAUCAAAAAAUGAUCAGAAGCAUCAGAAACAUCUCUUAUCCAAAAUCAAUUGUGAUAAAGAAAUGAAAGAAAACAGCAGGACAAACUUGGCUCCUAACAAAGAUGCAUUCCAGCUUAAACUAGAGGAAACUCAGAAACUCCUAGAAGAACAGCAUCUAAGCAGUUUGCAAAAAUUUUGUGAUGAAGUUUAUCAGAUAACAAAUUCUGAAACCCUCUCAAAUGUAGACAGUCUUGAGGCUGGAGAACAUGAAAAUAUCUAUUUAACACUUAUUAAUGAGGAGCCUUCCACAUCAAUCCAGCAGAGUUCUAUUUUCCUUAAAUCAACAAAUCUGCAAUCCACUAAUCUAAGCUGCUUUGAUGAAGAUAAACUGUCAUUCUCUAAAACUCAACAUAUAAAUAAUUGGUUAAUAAAUUUAGAUGAUCUAAAUACUCAGAAUGUUAAACCUUUCUCAGAUACUUUAAGUAAACCUAAUGUUCUACAUUCUCAUGAAUGUUUUAAUAGUAAAGAACAAAAUCCAUCUGCUCUAUAUAGAACUGUGGAAAGAGCCACAAAUGCUACCAAUAAUCUAGUAAGCUUUGUAUGUAGUCCACCCCUAUUUGUUCAUGAUAAAAAAAGCAAAAAGACCUCUGAAAAUAGCACUAUGAGGACAAUGGACUCCUCCUCUUCUAAGGCAUUCAAAAAGGAGAGACCUGUAGUUAUUGAGAACCCAACAUUUAAAUUCAGCAAAUCCUGGAAUACUCCAGAUUGCCUAACGCAAGAGAUGGCUACAAUUUCAGAACAAGUGAAAUAUUCUGAAUUAACUCAAGAAAAUAGAACUACUUCAAUUCCUAUUUCAUUUGUACCUGUGGCAGCAUCUUUAUUUUUGCCACCUAAUACACAAUCAUCUAAACCUUUACCAAAGAACAGUAUACAUAUAAGAGAAAUCAACCCAGUGCAGUGUUCUGAUAAAUUAGGAGAAUUGAAAGAUGCCAAAAAUGAAAAGAUCAAAUAUUUUAAUUGUAAUAAGGAUGAAUUGCCUAUAUUUUCAGAGAAUUUUCUAACUGCCUAUAUACCUCACAACUCUGAUUCAAAAGGUAAAAAACAGAAAAUAACUAAAACAUCUACAUCAUUGUCUGAUAUAAUUUCUAAUUAUGACUUAGUUGGUCAGCACAAGAAAAGGAGAUACAAUAUUCAUGAGAAAAGCAGUGUGAGGUUUCUUAAAAGUAUUUUAAAAAAAGAAUCUAAAUAUGAACAUGAUUAUUUCAAGGCACUAGUUAUAAAUCAAGGCUUUAACAUAGGAAAUCAAAAAGCAGGAGCUAUCAGAGAUAGUAUUGAAUUAACAAAAGAAAAAGGAAAAAGUGCGGAAAUUCCAAAGACUAUUAAAAAACUGAGGUGGUUUGAUGAAACUGGAGAUAUUACAGGGAAAAAUUAUGAAGAUAACCAUUCACUGAAAAACAGAAUGGAAAUAUCUCAACAGUGGUCUCAACCUCUCCACAUUCAAACUAAUAAUGGUGCUACCAACAACAUAAGUAGUGUUGCUGCUUGUACUGUAAAUUCUACUACUACAAAAAAGUCCAAUGAUGAUUCUGUCUCUGGAAAUGUUGCUGCUUUAGGAGGAUCUGGAACUAACCCUGCAUCUUUGAACUGUUCUAUACCUUCAGAUUUUAACAUUGCUAAGCAAGCCUGGUCAGCCUCAGAAAAAGAGGAAAGUAAAUCUCCUAUACACAGCGGUAAUUCUAAAACUCAGAAAGCUAAUCUACAAAGAGAUAAAACAAAGGUAAUUAGAACAACAUCUGCUAAAGUUCAAUCAGGGUUUGUAUAUCCAAACAGAAAAGGCACUGUUAUUCGAACACAAUCUGCAAGCAACGCCAACACAUUUUUACAAGCUCAGGGUAAAUUAAUUGUACCUCAUCCUCCUAAACCUCCAUCAAAUAUUAGGAGUGAUAAAAAUAUACAGGUAUCUCAGUGUCAAUCAGAAAUGCAAGAUUCUCAAAACAUUAGUACAAAUAACUAUUUUAAUUCAAAAUAUGUGCUUCCAACUGAACACAAGUUGAAUCAGUGGAAUAAAGAAAGUAAUCUUCCACUCUCAGAUGUUUGUUCUGACUCAGCCACUGUGAUGCCAUUUCUACCAUAUUAUUCUUCUGCAUGCCAAACUUCGGCAAAAAUAAAUCAUUCAAAUGUCACUGAAAUCAUUGCCCAGCAAGAUGGGGCAUUAUAUGGCACCCAAAGGUGUCCUGUUUAUCAAGAAAGUCAUCACUCUGUGGCUUUUAGACCUAUUAAAGAAGAAUCUGUUCCCUCAUGGAAGAGACAGCAUAAUAUUCUGGGUCAAAAUGAAAAGGCUGCUGAUUCUACUGUUAUGAGAAGAAAACGAAUUAUUGAAAAUAAAAAGAGGACUCUUUUAGAGCAGAAAAAACAAAACCCUGGAUCUGUAGGACAGAAGAGCAGUGAGCAAAUAAAUAAUUUUGGACAAAGUGUCCAGCUAAGUUCAAGUCAGCCAAAACAAACUACAAGGGGUACUUCUAAUACUGAAGAAGUUUCAGACAGUACUGCUGAGUUUUUGACAGCUGAAAACCUAGUGAAAUCUUCAGUGCCUGAGGAUGAAAUUCUAAUUGUCAUGAGUAGCAAGCAGCUGCAGAAACCAGAUCUGGCUUUAAAUAAGACCCAGCAAUUCAACAUUUGUGCACUAUCAGCUGAAGAACAGAAGAUUCUACAGUCCCUUGAUCGUCUUAAUGAAAGGUUAUACUAUGUGCAAGAAACCAUUUGCAAAAAUCCAUCCAUCAAAAAUAACUUACAAAUGAUACCAUUUCUGAAUAUCCAGACAAGGACCAGUCAAUCUCCUGAUGUUGGAUCUGGAGUGCAGAGAAAAUACUGA